AUGCCGAAUGUGCCCAACACCACUGUAAACUGUCUUGUUUGUGUACAGAGGUGCCAGCAGGAGCUGCGUCCCCUGGCGCCGGUGGAGAUCGUGGUGCGGCCGCUGGACCCCAUGGCUAGCGCGGCGUCGGCGGCGGUGGCGGGAGCAGCGGAUGGUGUGGCCAAAGUGCGUCGACCGGGCGUCGACAUGGACGCGCAGCUGGCCAACCGCGAAGUGCAGCUGGCUGUGCGGCCGCCCUCCGUGGUGGCGCAGCGGCGAGGCUCCUCCAUGCUCGCCAUCACCUUGCCGCAGACUCGCUGGUUGCUCUCGAAUGGCAACCCAGAUGAGAGACUCCCUGCCGGCAAAGGCGACGCGGAGGCAGCUGCUGCGGCCUUCAAGAAGAAGAACCGCACGCUAGGCGAUGACGCCCUCAGCACGAUCCUGUCGGCGCUCUACGCCAAGCUGCUGGUGGUGGUCGGCAUAGCUAUGCCCAUAACGGAGGUGCUCUCUGCAGAGGUGCAUGCAAACUACUUCCAGGGAUUCUACCUGUAUCUCUACGUUGGAAGUAUUCUUUACAUGUGCUUCAUUUACAUGAUUCUGCUGAAGAGUCGCGCUGUCUACAAAAUCAUCAACAGAUUCGGUCAGCCGGAGGACAAGUACGAGCAUGCGAGGCGUCGCUCGUUGUCGGCAGCCCAUGUGGCGCGCUACGGCAGCUUCUACCUGCGACUGGGCGCCACCGCGUUCGGCAUCGGCAGCAUGGUGUACUCGGGGCUGGAGUUCGGCCAGUUCUUCGAGCUGAACGACGACACCGACUGCGCCAACGUGCUGCAGGCCGUGACGCCAGCCGCGCGCAUGCUGCUGACUCUGCUGCAGAUGCAGUUCAUCUUCAUGAACAGCAAGGACCUGAAGCUGAACGAGUACCGCGUGGUGUCCCGCCUGGGGCUGAUGCACAUGACGGCGACAAACCUGUGCGAGUGGCUGUACGUGCUGGUCGAGGAGACCAAGCACGAGAUCGUGCACCUCGCCAUGCACGGCGACCACCACGGUGAAGCACUGAGCCUGAGCGACCACCACGUGUACGAGUACCCCACCAGCGUCACCCACCGCAACCUCACUGCCGGACACAACGUGUCGCGACGGUCGGCCGAGCACGACAUCUUCGAGUGCCGGCGCUCCAACAUCAUGGGCUCGCUGGUGCAGAACGCGGCGCCCUUCCUGUUCCCCUGCACCAUCGAGUACUCGCUCAUCUGCGCCGUCGUCAUGUACGAGAUGUGGAAGCACAUCCAGCCGGCGGGCGGCCGCUCCGCCAAAGACGCCUACCGCAAGACCAGCCGCCGCCUAUCCGUCGACUGCGCCAAGGCGCACAAGGGGCUGUUCGGCGGCAUCUUCGUGGUGGUGCUCACCAUAAUCUCGCUCAUCCUCUUCUUCGUCCUCCACAAGGAUGACGACUACCGGGAGGCGGCGGAGCAGCAGGUGACCAUCUCAGAGAUCUCGCUCUAUGUGAUCUGCUCUGUGGCCACCAUCAUUUGCAUGCUGCAGCUGCGGGAACUCAGAUACUACCGCACGCUACCCGGUCACCACGGUGGUUCGGGCCUGGGGCUGGACAACACGCUGCUGCUGAUCGCACAGUCAGGCAUGUUCCUGUACUGCACCUUCUCGGUGGUGGGCUGCGCGUUCGAGUCGUCGCCGCUGCGACUGGCCACCGAGGUGGCCGGGCUGUUCCAGACGGUUCUGCAGACAGUGUGCGUGCUGGACGGCUCCAGGCGGCGUUGCCGCUCGGGAGACCAGGCGCGCCGCAAGCCGGGGCGCGAGCUGCUCACCUUCCUGCUGGUGGCCAACGCCGCCAUGUGGCUGGUCAACGUGCUGCACAAGGGCCACGCCGAGUUCCGGCCGCAGCACCUCUCCUUCUUCGGCAUCUGGGCCUGGGCCAUCAUCACGCACGUCUCCAUGCCUCUCGCUAUCUUCUACAGGUUCCACUCCACCAUCUGCAUCUUCGAGGUCUGGAAGAGCGCCUACAAGGUCAAGCACGUCUCGUAG